GCCCUAGGUUGGGAGGGUUUGGCUCCGAUUUAUGGCUCUGCUGCAAAACUACAGCUCAAAUGUUCGGAUGGGAGUUGUAGUAGCUUCCAGACUAAGAUGGCAUUGACGCCAUUUUCACCCCCAGGCUAAUCCUGCACCAUGGUCCAGCUCUCUCCCUCAAGUCCCGACAGUGACUGUCAGCUGACUCGCCUUGCGGGGGACCCCAAGCACCUGUCCGAUGGGGGUCUCUGCUCUCUGCAGUCCUCGCUGUCUUCUGCCACGGCGCUCCAGGUCUAUGAGACUUACCUAGAGAACGGUUUCAUCAGCCUGAAACACAAGAUCCGCAACAUCGAGAAAAAGAAGGUAAAACUUGAAGAUUACAGAGAACGUCUAAGCAAUGGGGAGGCGCUGAAUCAGGACCAGCUGGAAGCGGUAGAGAAAUACACCGAGGUCGUCCACAAUCUGGAAUUCGCCAAAGACCUUCAAAAAGUGUUCACGUCCCUGAGCCAAGAUUUAAUAAAGGCCCAGAAGAAGGCGAUGAGGCGGGAGCACAUCCAGAGGACCGAGGCAGAGAAAAAGCGCCUGCGCACGGUGCUGCAGAUCCAGUACUUGUUACAGUCCUUCAGUCAGGACCACGUGCAGCAGGACUUCAAGGAGGGAAUGAACGGCGCCAUGUUCGUCACCUCCAAGGAGCUGGACUGUCUGUCCAAGUUCUCACGACUCGUGUGUCACAAGAGGUUCCAGCAUAUGAGUCUUGAAGAUGAGAUGGAUCAGUUGUCAAUCUACCUGUGGAACCUUCUAGAAGGCAACGAGAAGACUGUGGCUGGGACCAACUACAAGAACCUGAAGGAUCUGGUGUCCAGGAUGCUGGAUUCUGGGUAUUUCGAGAGCGUUCCUGAUCCUCCACCACCUGAGAAGCCGGAAAUCAUCAUAGAGCCUCUGAAGAUCAACACCAGCAAAAUGGCUACCACCAAACCAGAGUCCCUUGUGGAAGAUGUGAAAUUGGAGCCGCCUCCUCGCCAAGAGCUUCCCAUCAGGCAUAGUGUGCCAAAAACCGAGCCGGUGUCCAAAAUUGCCGAGAUGCCGAUCCAGGUGCAAGUGAAAUACAGGAAACCAGAGGUAAUAAAGCCCUGGGCGAUGGCUGCAAAUGUGAAGCUACAAGAGCCACCGAAAAGAUGGCAAUCUCCAUCAUUGACCCCACUGACCAAGCCCUGGGAAGCUGCAAGUGCCCCCCAGCCCGUGACACCUCAACCAAAGAAACUGGAACUGGAGACCCCCAAGGAGAGACGUGAGCGGACACCAAAACCUCAACAGGAAGUCAAAGUGCUGACCCAGCUAAAGGAUCCCAAGGUACCUCCUGUUCCAAAUGUUCAGAUUACGGUGAAGAAAAGAGAAGUCCCUGCGCCCAUCUGUAUCAACCACCUUCCGCCAGCUGUGAACACACAGCCACCCCGGGUGGCCUCUCAGCCGGCUUCUGAGUUCUGCUACUCGCCGACUCUCCCCAAGGAUCCGGAGCUAAGGAAACAAAAACUGGAGGAUCUCAUCGAUGAGAUCAAGGGAACCUACAACUUCAUGCAGGACUCAAUGUUGGAUUUUGACUUUUCAUCUCCGAGAGCAGCCUCACCAAGGAUCCUGAUAGGUUAUAAUCCAUAUCUUCUAGUUCCAGCUGCGCCAUCUGAGACAAUAGAAAGUCUGAAAGAGCCAACCGUGCCAGCUGAGAAGGAGUCCACCCCACCAGUGUCCAUGGAACAAACAGUUGACCCGGUUUGUCCAAUUAUAUCAGAACCCGUUGAUCCUCCUUCUCCUGUGUGCUCCCCCAUACACGCUCCCAUCUCGCCGGCCCAAAAGGUGGAGGCACUGACUCCAGAGCAGAUCUGUGUACCCAAAUCUCCACUAUCAGAAGCUCUUCCAGAGAGAAGCCCGACUCCUGUGCCUCUACAAACUGAGCAGCUUCAGUCUCCAAAGACUCCGACCAAUAUGCCACUCUUGCAGCUGAAGCGGGAAGGAACCCCACUGUCUACCAGGAGCACCCCGGUCUCGUCCCACACGUCUCCGUUCCACAGAAUGCAGGCCGUUUUUAAAGUGAACACUCCUCCCAUGCCGGCCCGUAAAGAGAUUGAGAUCAAAGAUCCACCGUAUUCCCCGGAGUACCAGCAGACGUUCAGCACAGCGAGUACUCAGACCCUUCCUCAUGGCUUACUGGAUAUUAAUCUCGGAGAACCGCACGCUCUCCUACAGGAGCCGCUAGUCGGGGGUCCCUAUCCUUCUGGAAUGCCUCCAGUGAGCAAUGGAAACAUACCUUGUUACACAUCCACCCCCAACCUCGUGCCUCGUAUUCCCCAGCAAUGCAUGAGUACCCGAGGCGGAAUGGUGAGAGGAACCAGCCGCGGCGCACGAGUGAUGACCAAUGGCUAUCGCUGCCAGACAAGCUUUAAAGCGCCCGAGACCUAUAGAGGAACCCAAUGUCCCUCCAAUGGAAGCUAUGGGCAUGUACCCUGUCCUGGACGAGACUAUCCCGUCACCAAUUAUAUGCCAAGGGAUGUGAACGCCCACCUCUGCCAUAAGAGAGGAUCUGUCACUUCAGCUGGUCGCUCCACCUCAAGAAGUUGGAAUGACUCGUCCCAACUAGGAAAUCCAGAGAUGGAGGAAAGUUUCAACAGCACAGACUCGGGACAAGGGGACUCCCGCAGUAUGACGUCAGUCGAUAUGUCCAUGGGGAACCAAACAGCCACCAUUCUGCCAGUCCAUGUCUAUCCUCUUCCUCAGCAGAUGAGGGUGGCCUUCUCUGCAGCCAGAACCUCUAAUUUUGCCCCCGGCACACUGGAUCAGCCAAUAGUCUUUGACCUCUUGCUCAACAAUCUUGGGGAUACCUUCGACUUCCAGGUUGGCCGUUUCAUGUGCCCGGUUAACGGCACCUACGUGUUCAUUUUCCACAUGCUCAAACUGGCCGUGAAUGUCCCUCUGUACGUCAACCUGAUGAAGAACGAGGAGGUGAUGGUGUCCGCCUAUGCCAACGAUGGCGCCCCCGACCAUGAGACGGCCAGUAACCACGCUGUCCUGCAACUUUACCAGGGUGACCAAAUCUGGUUACGGUUACACAGAGGAGCCAUCUAUGGAAGCAGCUGGAAAUACUCUACGUUCUCUGGGUACCUUCUGUAUCAGGAUUGACUAGGCAUCCCAACGUUUGGCCCAAUGAGUUGUGCGGUUGACGUUGGGGAAUGUUUUGAGGUUAUGUUUGGAGCGCUGGUUCCAUGAGGGUGCGGUACUAAUGGACAAGACUGGUUCAGAGAUUUCACAUCUGACCAGAAGUACAUGUUGGUUCACCCUUUGAGGCCAUUGACCAUGGAUGAAGCCAAAGAACUUGUGGAGAUGUUGUGCCCGUGUCACAUGAUGCAGAUUGUGGUGUGUGUGUGGAAUGACUUUCUACUGGUGCUGGAUUGGAUGGAGUCAGUGGCUUAAUAAACAAUGAUUGCAAUCCAGUUGUGUGGUCUUGUUU